CUCUUUCAGGACGCAGACGUCUGCAGGAGUUGCAUUGUAGUGUUCAGCUCUUCACUUGUUUCUGCUCACUUUGAGAAGCUGUGCCUCAACAUGCCUUCCACUCGUUCUAUGAAGUCUGCGGCCCUGCCCCCAUCCAGCAGGAUGAGUCUGAGGAGCUUCCGGAGCGUUUCCAUGUCGUCCUGCUCCUCCUCUUCUGCCUCCGCCUCCGAUGAUAGUUGUGACAGCUUCGGAUCCGAUGGAGGUUUCGCAAGCACGAGGUCCAACCUGAGACCGGCGAAGAGGAUGACCCCCCCAAAGGUGUUCAAGUCCCCCACCGAGGAGGCUUGCAGCGCCUUCGAGACCGCCAUCAGCACCAGUAUGGGAGCCAUGAAGGUCCGGUCGGAACCGCGGAGAGCGGCUCGCAAGGCCACGCCCCUCAAGGUUGCCAUGGUGUUCCCGGCCCGGAAGACCGCCCCCAAGAGAGCGGCCCCGGAGCCUCUGGCCGGCGGGGAGGAGGAGGAGGGGGAGAACUUCCUGGACAAACGGGCCAUCAACAUCAAGGAGAACAAGGAGAUGCUCGCCAAGCUCAUGGCGGAGAUAAACAAAGUGCCCGGUCUGUUUCCCCGGAGAAUGGCCAUGUCCCUCCCGUCAACGCCCCGGCGUGCACACAAAGCCCCGGGGGUCCGCCGGAGACAGCAGGUAUCGUCCCGGCCCCAGACCCGCUCCAGGGCCCGGGGGGAUGGGCCCUUGCCCCCCACCCCCGACAACCACAACGAGGAGGAGGAGGAGGACGAAGAGGAGCAGGACCAGCUCAGUCUGGUGCGCCGCAGCCGCUACUACGAGCCGGCCCCGGCGCGGCGGUCGCUGUACUCGGGGUCGCUGACGACCGCCCACGUGGUGCGGCCGGUGGAGGACGUCACGGAGACGGAGCUGAACCGCAUCUGCACCAACGUGAAGGAGAAGGUCUACAACAGCUCCACCGGAACCACAUGCCACCAGUGUCGUCAGAAGACGACCGACACCAAGACCUGCUGUCGUAACCCAGAGUGUGUGGGGGUGAGGGGGCAGUUCUGCGGCCCCUGUUUGAGGAACCGCUACGGGGAGGAGGUGCGGGCGGCGCUGCUGGACUCGGAGUGGCAGUGCCCGCCCUGCCGAGGGAUCUGCAACUGCAGCUUCUGCCGGGCGAGGGAUGGUCGUUGUGCCACCGGCGUGCUGGUGUACCUGGCCCAGUUCCACGGCUACGACAACGCCCACGCCUACCUGAAGAGCCUGAAGAAGAAGCUGGAGGAGGACUCUGAGUAGACCCCUGGGUGUCCUGCUCCCUGCGUGGCUGACAUGUCCUCAACCCGGUGGUUAUCCCUUCAAGGCAGUACUCAGGACAACACGCUUAUGUUGCGCGUUAAUGCAGUUUCAAGUGCCGCGUCUGGGUCUGCUUGUUCGUUCCUUGAAUGUUGUAUAUUUUGUUCCCUUGUGUUCUGUUGAACACAAGCUUUUUUGGAGAGAGGUAUUAUUCCUCGAGCUUUGUUGGCAAAGUUUUUUGCCAAAGUUCGCACAUCGCAGUAGCCAAGCUGAUUUUUGUCCUUGCUUUUUUUUAGUCGCUACUGUAAACUGCCCCUACGCACUAAUUUCAUUACUCGACAAUUCCAAAUAGCUGGCAUCUUUUCCCGUUCAGUGUCAGCCGUUGUUGUUCCCCCGAGAUCAGAUCAUUUCUUUACAUUGUUUUAAAUGUAACACAUUGGACACAUGCGAGUUGGCCUCCAUUCAAAUGCCCCGUAUGCCUUUUCUUUUUUAUAAACAGGAAGUGUCAUUAUACUGUGUCUCGUUCCUUCCCCCUUGUCCGUGGAGUUGAACAGCUUGUAUCUCCUCUCGCCCUGAGAUCAAACCCGCUCAAUGUCAAAUAGUCCUUGUUGGACGGCCGUUGUGCCGGCAAUGCCAGUGAACUAGAGAAGGACAUACGCACUUGGCUCCGUCGCCUACUGUGAUAUACUGUGGUACCUAGUUAAAUAUCCUUCAUUAGAUAACUGUCACUAAUGGUCUGGAAACAAUUAGCAGAGUCUAAUGGGGAUCCCAUACCUGUAAAUCAUUUUGUCCUAUUAAAGAACAUUCCCGCUCAUCUCUUUUUUUUUCUCCCAUCGUUUCUUGCGAUGCUUCAGCGUUAAGUUGGAAAGGUUUUCAAGUGGCACUCAUGUGGCAAAAGACCUAUGGGCUUUAUUUUCUGUUCAGAAGUGCGAUAAUGACACAGAAUUAGCUGUGGACGGUUCGCAGCCCUGAGACGCACUAGGUUUGACCCGUCUUCUUCCGCAUGCGUCAUAACACUUAGAGCUCUUCUUCUUGGACUUUAUCACCCAUACAUCUCGGUGGAGGCGUUCUAAAUUUAGAUUUAGGACAUGUCCGUGCUUCUUAUUUGACAUUGAGCUGUUAUGUUGUGAUUUUAGUUAUGAAUGCACGUGCUUUUGAUGAACACAUCACACUGGUGAUUCGUUUUUUGUAUUUACAUUUACAUUUAGGGCAUUUAGCGAUGGUAAAUGCACACAUUGACACACCGACGGCGGAGUCAACCAUGCAAGGCCAGCUCGUCAGGAGCAGUUAGGGUUAAGUGUCUCGCUCAGGGACACAGCGACACUCAGCUAGGAGGAGCCGGGGAUUGAACUAGCAACCUACCGGUUAUAAGUCAACCUGCUCUGCCUCCUGAACUAAGCCAACCCCAGUUUUAAUUAGUGAUAUUUACUGACGGCCAAACAAUAUAAUCUAUCGGUUGAGUUGAACUGCAUCAGCGGUGUGAUAUAGUGAGACGUUCAGACGUUUUUAUUUUCCUUUAGUUCCCCGUUUGAAUCCGUUGACUGUUGAAUGGACUUGUGCAUUCAGAAGUAAAUCUCUGCUUAAUGUUUAAUGGUAGUUCACUCAAGCAGUCAGUCAACACUAGUCAAUCAUUACGCUUUGCUUGACUGAUUGGAAAUUGUUGUUCUGAUUAGCAAACCCAUAAAAUUACUUUUUCUCCAAGUGUUUUUCUCUGUUCCAUCACCCUUCAUAACCCCUUUAGAUGAAGAGAAACUUGCAUUUCACAAUAUUCAUGCCUGAUGGGAUUCGUCAUAAAUUAUCCCAAACCGCCUCCACGAAACAAUACGAAAACAGCUCGCAAAAAAGAGCCCAAUAUAAUUAUUCUAAAGAUUGAAACAAAUGAUUAGUAUGCAAGUUUAAAGUGGCAUCCGACAACGUUUUACAUUUGUGCAUAUAUUGUUAAAUACUCUGCCUCAAAAUGUCUGGUUUAUGUUGUCUAAGGUUACACAAAUAAUUCCAUAUGCGGAAUAACAUUAUGUAUAUGAAUGUUAUUCCGAGGUUAGAUUUUCUUUUUCCGUCCCCAAAAAAGGAACAUUUCAAAAACUAUUAUUAGCAUAAUAAAGAUGCACUUGAAAAUAGCGCUACUGUAUUAAAUACCAAUGAUCAUCCACUUUGGGGUGAUGAAUAUUUAGGGGAAAUAAUUGUUUACGACGCUCAAGCAUUCGGCUGAUCUGGUAAUCAGGCUAUGAAAUACAAUAUUUAUUCAUUAGAGC